CCUCUUUCCCUUUCGCUUCCAUCCAGCCGACCCUCACCCCGUCCCUCGACUUUGGCCUCCGUCUUUGCGCCGAUAUGCAGCUCUCUUGGCUCCCAAAGGCCGCCCUCCUCGCCGGCCUGGCCUCGGCCGUUGCCGCCGACAGCAGCAACAGCACCAGCGCCAGCUCCAGCGGCGCAAACUGCAUCACCAUCCGCCACAACUUCAACAACACCAAUCGCAUCGCCUCUGUUGCUGCCGGCAACCAAAUCUUUCCCCCUCCUGGCCUGGACUACACCGCCUAUGACUGGACCAUCGACUAUGGCAUGAACAACAUCUUUUUCGGCGCCACUGGCGGUGUCAUGAUCAAGCUCAACAGCACCAAAGCGCUUUCUGGGGGCGACAUGCUCUAUCCUGGUGGCCGCAUGUCGACCACCCGCCAGAUGCUCUACGGCCGCUUCUCGGCCAAGAUCAAGUGCUCGGCCGUGGCCGGCGUUCUCACCACCUUCAUCACCAUGUCUCAAGUCAAGGACGAGAUCGACUGGGAGAUGAUCGGUGCCCAGCCCACCCAGGGCCAGAGCAAUGUCUUUUACAAGGGCAUUCAGGAGUUUGGCAAGUUUGGCGGAGUCCACACCAUCCCUCAGGCUCCUCAGGUCAGCCCGACCUUCAGCGAUUACCACGUCUUUACAAUUGACUGGAAGCCCGAUUCUAUCACUUGGUUGAUCGACAACGUCGUCGUUCGAACCUACUCGAUCAACGAUCCCCUUGCCUUAUCGUCGACCCUUGAAGCCAGCACUCCCUACGCCGGCCAGCCUUGGUUCCCCAACACCCCGUCGCUUAUCCAGUUUAGUGUUUGGGAUGGCGGUGACAGCUCGACCAGCGGUGUUUCGACCUGGGCUGGUGGCCCCGUCAGUGCCUCCAAGUGUGGAACCAACUUUGAGAACUGCGCGGCCAUCUACGAGUGGGUUGAUAUCCAGUGUUACGAUGGCCAAGGCAACGAAGUGGCUGCUUGGCCGCCAAACACCCUUCCCAACGGCAAGGACGGCACCGGUCCCGCCUGGGGCUCGUCGGCAAUCAACACCGCCGUCGGUGCUCCUCCUCCGUCCGUCGUCCAGGCUGUCUCGCAGAACAAGACCACGGCUUCAAGCAAGUCGGCAGGUGCUCAUGUUUCGGCCAGUGGCCUUGCCCUUGGACUUGCGGCCCUGCUGGCUGUGUUCUCCCAGGCUCUCUGAGCACCCGAUGCCGCCACGUAGUGUCCUCCUGCGCGCCGACCAUUUGCACCGACGCUCAGCCCUGGUUGUCCAGCUGGUCUUCGAGCCACGGUGAAGUUUCGUUUUGUGCUAUGGCUGCUCCUCCCUUCCACCCUCAUUGUAUACAAGGCUGUGACUCUGGUGCAUAGCGCCUUGCACCUGCUUGGUUCAUCUGCCGCUCUCGUGUAUUUACCGAUGCUGACUACCGAUGCAUCCAAUCGUAUUCUGUCUUGCUUGGCUCUUUGGUUGCUCUUCCUUUUCAUUUUUUUUUUUUUUUGUUAUUUUGCUCCACGCCACUGCGUGCACGGCUCCUCUUCCCGUCGCUGUCCAUGUCACUCAGUCGUCUCUAUGCCAGACAUCUCUCAAGCACGCUAUUUUUGCGACGAAUACAGCGGGGCCCUUCUCGGAAA